CGACUCAACAUGUGGUGUCCAUUGAUCCAGCAGUAGACAGACCCAUUGGUAAGCAGAGUGAGUACAAGUAACAACACUGCGGAAACGUUUCAGUUCUAGUUUCCUGCUUAAUUUCUUCACAAUGAUAAGCAGGGGAAGCAAAAUCUUCAUUACAUUUUCUAAAAGUUUCUUGUCAUAUUCGAUCUUCUUCGUCUUUUGCAUACAUUUGUUGUGUUUCUCUCAAUUAUAUUGCAGUGCUAGACAUAUUUUGAAGGAAGACGAAUCGAUUACCGACGAGAAUAAUGGAUCAACUCUUGUGUCGGUUGGAGGCAACUUUAAGUUGGGGUUCUUUACCCCUAAUGGUAGCCACAACAAGUUCGUCGGAAUAUGGUAUCGAUUGGAUCCACAAGCUGUUGUAUGGGUUGCCAACCGAAAGUCUCCAAUACCUACCGAUGCCGUUGGAGUCAUUAGAAUUGCGAAAGAUGGCAACCUCAUGGUAUUGGAUACAGCUGGAAAGACUUAUUGGUCUACAGAACUUGAAAAAUCCUCGUCUAGAAAUCGCUCUGUGAAGCUCAUGGAUUCUGGAAACCUGGUCUUAAUUAGCGACGAUCAAUUUGGAAACUUUCCGUGGGAAAGCUUUAAAAAUCCAACCGAUACAUUUCUCCCAGGUAUGAAGAUGGAUGAAAGCCUUACAUUGACUUCAUGGGCUGGAGUUGGUGACCCGGCAAUGGGAAAUUACACGUUCACACGAAAUCCAGGUCAAGAAGAAGAAGAAGAUCAAGUUCGCUACAUUAUCAAAAAAUCACAGCUCCUUUACUGGAUCAGAAGUGUGAAACCGAACUCGGAAGAAAUGCUUGAUCAUGACAUUGCAGACUUGCUAUCAAAUUUCAGCAGCGGGAGAGUCAACAAGAGCAAAAAUAAAUAUAGUAUUAACGACAAGCUGCCGGCUUGGGCUCGUAAUAAUGUUUCAAGAAGGUUGGUGAUGGAUUACACUGGAAAGUUACAGUUUUUGCGGUUUACUGUUGAUGAUCAACCUAAGUGGGAUUCGAUAUGGUCGGCGCCAAGAGAUGAAUGUAGCAUUCAUAAUUUUUGCGGGAAAUCUGGCGUCUGCAAUAUUAACAAUAAAAUACGAUGCAAAUGCUUGCCAGGGUUCAUGCCUAAUAAUCCCACGAGUUGGAAUUUGAAAGAGUUUUCUGGCGGGUGCUCCAGAAUUUCGGAACUAUCAUGUGGCGAGAAAGAGACCUUCUUGGGCUUAAAGAUGAUGAAGGUGAGAACCGAAAGCGGACCUUUCAAUGUCGAAAAUGAAACAAAAUGCAGUGAGGCGUGCCUUGGAAAAUGUGAGUGCCAGGCCUAUUCGUAUCAGGAGCUUGGAAACAGCAUGCAAAGAGGUGCUACGACUCCUACGGGGAAAAACUGCUGGAUUUGGAGUGACGAUCCAACUGGUCUUCAAGAGGAGUACGAGGAAGGUCGUAACCUUUCUGUUCGCGUGGCAAAAUCUGAUAUUAUAGGCACCGCAAGGGAUUGCGAGCCUUGUGGAACAAACAUAAUCCCCUACCCACUGAGCACCAGACCAGAUUGUGGCGACCCCAUGUAUUUUAGUUUCGACUGUAACAACUCCACCGGUCAAGUUAGCUUCAGGCCAUCAAACAGUCCCGGUGCCUAUCGAAUUGAAAGGAUGGAUCGAAGUAUACGAACUUUUGUCAUCCAAGUCAAUGCAGAAAAUCUUACCGUUGCGGGAAUUUCAGGAGGAAAUCUGUGGUUCAAUUCUUCAUUGCCAUUUCACGUGACCAGGUGGCUUUCUUCUGAUGAAGUAGAGAUUAGUUGGAACCCACCAUCACUGGAGCCGACUUGUAUAUCAUCCUCAGACUGCAUGGCUUGGAAACAUUCAACUUGCAAGGCAAGAAGAGAUGGAGAUCAGGAGAGGUGCUUUUGCAAUCCAAACUUCCAAUGGGAUGCCCUAAACUUAAAUUGUGUUAAAGUAGCUGGUCACUACAGGCGUCAAAUUGUCCUGGGGACUAUUGCAGUUAUAAUUCUCAUCAUCAUGAUCUUGUGUUUUGUGUACUAUCGGAAAAGAAGGCGAGUGGCCAAUAGAAAUGAUAGCAGAAGUAAUCAGGGAAAUCAGACAUUAAACAUGUAUGACACUGAGAGACGUGUCCAAGAUUUGAUAUCUUCAGCUGAGUUCAAAGAAGAGGAUAAGAAAGGGAUUGAUGUACCAUUUUUUGAUUUGCCUAGUAUACUGGCAGCUACAGAUAACUUCUCAGAGGCAAACAAGCUUGGACAGGGUGGAUUUGGGCCUGUUUACAAGGGUAAGUUUUCAGGGGGACAACUGAUUGCUAUAAAGAGGCUGUCACGUGGUUCGGGGCAAGGCUUAGAAGAAUUUAAAAAUGAGGUUGUGUUGAUUGCAAAACUUCAACAUAGAAAUCUAGUUAGACUUCUGGGCUAUUGCAUUGUUGGAGACGAAAAGAUGUUACUCUAUGAAUACAUGCCCAACAAAAGCUUAGACUCCUUUUUAUUUGAUCGAACACUAUGUGUGUUAUUGAGCUGGGAGAUACGCUUUAACAUCAUUCUGGGAAUUGCUCGUGGACUGCUUUAUCUUCACCAAGAUUCUAGGUUGAGGAUUAUUCAUAGAGAUUUGAAAACAAGCAACGUUCUCCUAGAUGAGGAGAUGAACCCCAAGAUUUCUGACUUCGGCUUGGCAAGAAUAUUUGGUGGCAAACAAACUGAGGGAAGCACAAACAGAGUAGUUGGAACUUACGGCUACAUGUCUCCAGAAUAUGCGUUGGAGGGAUUUUUCUCAGUCAAGUCUGACGUCUUUAGCUUUGGUGUGGUUGUUCUAGAGAUCAUCAGCGGGAAAAGAAACACAGGAUUUUACGUGUCAGAACAAGCUUUGAGUCUUCUUGGAUAUGCAUGGAAGUCGUGGAAAGAAAACAGGGCAUUAGAUUUAUUGGACCAAGCAUUACGUGAAACAUGCAACACAGAUGAGUUUUUGAGGUGUGUCACUGUUGGACUCUUGUGCGUGCAAGAAGACCCAGCUGACCGUCCCUCCAUGUCGAAUGCUGUUUUCAUGCUUGGUAGUGAAAGUGCAACUCUUCCAACUCCUAAACAACCAGCCUAUGUUGUAAGGAGAUCCCUUUCUGGCACAGCUUCUUCUUCUAGUAAACCAGAGAGAUCUAACGAGUUAACGGUUAGCCUAGAAGAAGGUCGUUGAUACUCGAGAUUCUCAAGACUCUUUAAUUUCUCUUUCCUAGUGUAUCCAAGUUUAUAGCACUUCAUGUUGUGGUACUCAUGGAGGAAAGGAGUGGUCAUUUUUCGUCUCUCCCAGUGCAAUGUUUUUCCCUUCAUGUAACAAAUCUACGUUCUCUUUCAUUUUGAUCUAUUACCCCUUCUUUUGAAACUCCAAGCAUUUUAAUUUUUGUUUUUGUACUGAAGUUUCCUUAUCAGAUUAAUGUAGGUGACUCGUGGCCAUUAAGUCA